AUGUCAAAGCAAAAGACAAGACCUCAAUUAGAUUUAACACUUUAUCUUGUGACUUCAUCCGAUAAUCUAGCUCCAGGUUCGACAAUCGAAUCAACCGUUCAAUCUGCAAUCUUAGGAGGUGUUACAAUAGUUCAAUUAAGGGAAAAAGAACUUGGAACUCGAGAAUUUUUAAAAUUAGCCAUUUCACUUCGAAACAUUUGUCAUCAAGCUAUUCCAAAAGUCACUUUUAUUGUUAAUGAUCGAAUCGAUAUUGCACUUGCUUCUGAUGCAGAUGGAGUUCAUCUUGGUCAAGAUGAUAUGCCGAUUGAAGAAGCAAGAAAGUGGUUAGGUCCAAAUGCCGUGAUCGGGAUUAGUACUAAUACGAUUGAAGAAGCUAUCGAUGCAGUAGAACGAAAAGCUGAUUAUCUUGGUAUUGGAACAUGUUGGCCUACGGGCACUAAAGUCAUUCCGGACCACAAGAUCAUAGGUGAGCAUUAUCAUCAAGAAGCUACACUUGAUCGGUUCGACUAUAAGACGCUGAUGACUUUUUUCGAUACCCGUUCGACAGGUCCAAGAGGAGUUAAAAAGAUUCGAGACGAAUUAACUCUACGAGGGCUCAAGAUCCCGGCAGUCACUAUUGGUGGGAUCAAGUGGGAAAACGUCACUCGAACUCUAUACGGAUGUGUCUCUACCGCACCAUCAGGAGCUCUCGAUCCAAUCGAAGGAAUCGCCGUAGUUUCAGCAAUCAUGUCAUCCGAUCAACCUCAAGUAGAAGCUCGAAGACUUCGACAAACCCUUGAUAAACAUAACAUCGCACUUGAAUCUUUUUCAAGCCGUCAAUCAAAACCUUCAAUCCUUUCAUCACAAGGAACAGACUCAUACUCUGAAUACUUAUCAUCAGUGAUCGCCUUCAAAUGUGCACAUGAUUGUCGACAACUCAUUCAUCAUAUCACCAAUACAGUUGUCCAAAACGAUUGUGCAAAUCUCACAUUAGCCUUAAGAUGUUCUCCAAUGAUGUCAUCAAGUAUAGAAGAAGUCGAAGAAUUAGUCGAAACCUGUUCAGAUAGUUUGGUCAUCAAUCUAGGUACUUUAGAUCAAACUCAAAUCAUGGCCAUGAAAUUGGCAGGACGUCAAGCCAACUUGGCUUACAAACCUGUCGUCUUUGAUCCUGUGGGAGUUGGAGCAAGUCAGUUUCGUCAAAAAGUCACAGAUGAACUAUUGAAUUAUGUUCAGAUGAGUUACAUUAAAGGAAACGAAGGCGAAAUAGCUUCUUUAGCAAACCAUAGUGCAGCAAGUUCACAUGGUGUAGAUUCCAAAGGAUCUUUACCUGAUCCAGCUCGAGUGGUAAGGGACUUAGCCCGAAAAGAACGUUGUGUGGUGAUAAUGACCGGAAAGGUUGACUAUGUUUCAGAUGGGAUGCAUGUCAUCAAACUUGAAAAUGGUGUUAAAAUGUUAGCAUCCAUCACCGGUAGUGGUUGUAUGGUAGGUACUGCUAUUGGAUGUUUUGCAUCCAUUACAAAUGCCAUGAGGAAAGGUAAAUUAGCUGUACCUUUUACAAACCUAAUCGAUUUCGAAACAAGAAUGUUAGACGCAGCAAUCUGUGGAGUUUCAUCUGUUAAUAUCGCUGCUGAAUUGGCAAUCUCACAUUCAAAUGUGACCGGACCAAACUCAUUUCGGGCAGCAUUGAUUGAUGAAGUUUAUCAUUUAACUCCAGAGAAGAUCAAAUCUAUGAUCAAAAUCAGUGAAGUAGUUGUAGAUUGA